AUGGCUCGUGAGGCUUUUGAUGAACGGGACGAUAUGAUAGUGCUUGAAGAAGAAUGGACAGCCUUUGAAGAAUCGGAUAUGGGUCUGUCAGAUGAAAUCUACAUUUCUUCAUCAAGAGCAUUCAAGCCGAAAGCGCCAGAGGUCUACCAGAACCUUCACAUCGAUUUUGAGAGCCCAGAUGAUGUAUUAGAUUCCAACGAAUUACUUCAAUUUUUCAAUCAACCCACAUCCAUCGAAUACAGAAAAGCAGUCCAAACAUUCGAAAUUACAGGUUCCUAUGAGCCAUACAUCCAAAGCGCAAACUGGACCGGUAUUACAAAUCUCCUUACCAAUCUUUCCAAUCUCUCAAUACUGCACUGGAAAAUUCGGAAAGCUAUUUCCUCCGAGAUACUCUCCAAUCUCAACAUAACGAAUCCAGAUAUCCGCAUUUACUUACACAAUCUUCCCCCUACGAGAGAUCCCAAUCAAUAUUAUUACAAAGCCUCACAGGAUUCCAACGCCAUUAGAAAUCAUCUACAUGAAGAUGCGCGUUCGAUCCUCGGUUCUCCAUUAUUAUAUUCCCUCCAUGCCGAUGUGAUGAAUUUCUACCCGGCAGAUCCAGCUCCGAUGCGGCUUCUUUUCGAGAUUCUGCGCUCUCACCCCCCGAAUAUGCGGGAAUUGCAGCUGAGAUUAUCGUAUCAUGGAUGCGAGGUUGGUAAUCAGAUUGAGGCAUUUCCCUUUCUUUCGAGCGAAUUCAAUACCGAUCGGGAAAAUAUGACAUCGAUACGACUUCCCCCGCUGGAAAAAUUGGUCGUCGAAGGAUAUAAUUUUGAGGAAUCGCCUGAUGGGGGAACUGGAUGGUAUGGGAAUAUCGAAACGCCCAAAGUCGAUUGGCGGACACGUGUCAAGUUUCCUUGGAAUAUACUCCCAAUGUGGUAUAUUGGUUGGUUGGGAGAGCUUUAUCUGGGUUAUAGGUGGGACGCCAUUGGUUAUACACCCCUUGAACGACUACCUUCUCCUGACGGGGUGUCUAACUUGAGUGUUUGGUUAAAAGUUAUGGAUUGGUCUAAAUUGAAGACUUUGCAUAUGGUACAACCUGGUCCGGUUGCAAUGCAGGAACUGGGGAUCGCGGGUGCAUUAACUGGAUUGAAAGAGCUGAAUAUCGAUGGAAUGCUAAAUUCAUGGAAAGAUGACGUAAAAACGAAAUGGGAAACAGUAGUGGAUUUUCUGGAGGAUAUAGCGAGUAACGGAACAAGUCUUACAUCUCUUUCGAUCCGUGAUAUUUCGUUCCCGAAAAUGAUGAACUGCAGCGACGCCACAACUGAAUAUACAGCUACAAAGAAAUUACUAGGUGCGCUAUUGCAACAUACGAAUCUCACAAGGCUUCACUUGUACGAUGGGAUACAAUUUCCCUCUUGGGGACCAGGCUCACGACUACCAAAGCAGAUGCCCAUACUGGUUUCUGUUCUUAAUUUGCCGUCAAUUGAAGAUCUCGCGAUUGAGAUACCGUCACUCCCCGGCUCCAACCUCUCAAACUCCGAGAAUGAUAAUUGGAGGACCGAUGGAAUUGAUCCGGAAAUUUCAGAUGAAGAGAUGUAUAAAGCUUUCACUCCUUUUACUCAACAACCUCGGUUGAAGAGCCUCGAAUUCCAUGUCCCGGCACCUGAAUGCUGGGGACAUCAAAUAAAAAGCGUUAUAAGACCAGAGAUGAACGGAAGAUUAGGGGAAGCAGAGAUAAGUGAAUUAGAUUAUAGUAAGCCACAAGAUAAAGCGGAUAUAGUGGAAGUGGAAAGAUGUGAGAGGGAGGAAGAAGAGUUGGGGAAGAGAACGAGGAGAUUGUUUGAGUGGAUGAAUGGGGAAAGGAAAAGGGUUGGGGAAGAUGCGAUUAGAAGGUUGAGGGUUGUGGUUGGGAGGGAGGUGCUCGGAGGGAAGGAGGGGGUAGAGGCGGAGAUGUUGGCGAGGAAACCGAUCGGUGGGGAAUGGAGGGGGGAGAGUGGGGUCUGGGAUUGUUGGAUCUGGGAAAAAGAAGAGGUGCUAAAGUGUGGGGGCGGGAGGAGAUGGCGGAAGGAUGAACUUUGGGGGUGA